AUGACCGCAAAUCCGCAGCUCUCAGACUCGAUUGCGGCUGUGAUUGAGUCGGGGACGCGAUCGAAAGAAUUGCUGGAUAGCCUUCGCAGCUUCGCGUGCGGUGGCAGCGUCGUCACACAGAAAAAUCUCGCCACUCUACAAGCGGUAUUGCCGAAGGAGGCUAGUAUCAAACUGGCUUAUGGCAGUACAGAAGCUGGCAUUGUGUUCGCACCGAGGCCUGGUGCCAAGGUUGAUCACAGAUAUGUCGGAAGUCUGAUACCAGGGACAGUAGAGAUCAGAAUCAUCAACCCCGAUACGCUCCAGGAUGUCGACAAGAAUGAGGAAGGCGAACUGGUUCUUCGAGGUGCACCAGUCUUCAGUGGCUACUACAAAAAUGCGGAGAGCAAUGAGUUGUCGCACCUCACUGAUGCAACCGGUCGAUGGUAUCGGACUGGCGACAAAGUCAUGUUCGACUCGGCACGAGAGGAACAUCGUAUCACAGGCCGCUACAAAGAUAUUUUCAAGGUCUUCGAUGGCAAGGAGGUCUCGCCGGAGGAAGUCGAAGAUGUACUCAAAACACACGAGUCUGUAACCGACGCUGCGGUGACUGCGCGACCCGGCAGAAGAGACGAUGGAUACUUCGAACCCGUGGCCUAUGUGGUCUGCAGCGAAGCAGUCGACCAACAGGAGCUUGCCAACUACGUCGCAUCAAGUCUUUCGGCGUACAAGUCUCCGACAGGCGGUGUUGUGUUCGUCAAAAGCAUCCCACGAACAGGAUUUGGCAAGGUCUCUCGGCGAGAGCUCGAGCAGAUUCUGCGAGCUUCUUCGAUCGAGUACCUUGCGCCAGUCCUUCGUACUGCUGUCCACAUUCUCGUCCGUCGCGUGCAGCAACUCGACAAGAUCAUUGUCGAAGCAGACAUAGAAGUUCCUCCUUUGAACGCUGAGGACGAUGAGUUCCUGGAACGUGUACUUGGUACUCUUGGUCUUUCAAAUGCUCCACCAUAUGAGUCUUCUGCAGCCAAGAACAUUACAGUACCAAUCCGCCUUCCUUCCGAGCAACAAACAUUUACACCUGAAACUCGAGCGUCCCCAUCAGCAAGCCCUUCAGCCUCGGCCAAGAAUAUUGUGGCGCUCCAAAAAGUUGUGGUCGAAGAUCCCUCUGUACAUGUUCAAGACUAUCAGUCUGACUUCAACGAUGUCCCUGGAGUAACGGCUGGUAUGCAUACUCAAGCAACAACACAAUUGCUGAACGCCAACGUCAUUCCGGGCGCAAACCACAUAUCGCCAGACUGGCCAUUUCCAACCUUGGACAACAUGCUCAAUUUUGAUCUCUUCGACCCCAGCGAUCUUUCCUUGCACUUCUUGACUGAGCCAUCAGUGGACAUGCCGCAACAACCUACGCUGCAGCAUGGGUUCACGUCACAUCAUCAAAUCGAACAAGCGUCACGUCAACAAGAAGACCAUACGAGUCCUGGUGACGAAGAGAACACCGAACUGGUCAAUCAAUUAUCCGCUCGUCUAGGCUCUCUCCGCCUGGCUCCAGAUGGAAAGCUAAGAUAUUUUGGCACUGCGUCGAACUUACACCUGAUAGAGAAUCAUAAUAAAUCGGGCGAGAACUUCAUGCUUCAUACUCCAUCAAGAGUCAACAUGCAGCGUCUACUCGAGGUCGCCGAUCUAAGUCAAGUGGUAGACAUACAGCUCGAAGACCAUCUUCUCCGACUGUUUUUUACAUGGCACAACCCCAGCAGUUACAUUGUGGACGAGGAAGUCUUCUACAUGGCUAGACAGAGCUGGUUUGAUACUGGAGUUCACAACAGUUACUACAACGAUGUGUUGAAGGACGCAAUCAGAGGAUACGUGGCCCAGGGGAUCUUGACGGUGGCCGAAGCUCGUGCGCGACAAGUAGCUUUCUGGGGCUGCUAUCUUUCGAAUCUCCUUUGGAGCUUCCAUCUCGGUCGCCCCUUCUCGAUGGAUGACAGCGAGGUAACGGUCCCCAAGCCUGAUCCCAAGACUCUACCAACAAAUUCUACUUGGCAACCCUACUCCGUCCCUUCGCUGCAGUUUGUACCGAACGAGAUGCAGCAAAAUCCAUCAGAACUACCGGACAUCACACCACAGAUCUUCCACCACUGGCUAUUCCUCUGUCAAAACAUUGCCGUCGUGGGUCAUGCGCUCUACUCCUACACAUCAAUCUCCAAACCAGCACUCCAAGAACUGUGCGAAGAAACAACAACCGAGUUAUUCCACUGGAAAGACUCUUUACCCCUACACCUUCAAAUCAACACUUCCGACACCGAGACCGUAAAAUUGCCUCAGCUUCUCAUGCUGCACAUGGAGUACCAUCACCUUCAAAUAUUUUUACACAGACCAUGGACAAGCUCGCAACUGCAACCGCAACCCCCUCAAGGACGAGGUGUACAUCAUGCACGCCACAUCUGCGCAACCUCUGCAACAGAAAUCGCCCGUCUCCUCCGCAUCUACGAGAUUCAAUAUUCGUUCCGCUUCAUCAAUGUCGAAAUUAUCCGUAUACUGUCUUCGGCAGCACUGAUUCUAAUCUUUGCCACUGUGCCGUUGCCGCAUAGAGAGAUUGAUGUUGAAAUGACUGGAUAUCUCAAUACUUGUUUCAGAGCUCUCGAGGAUCUCGGUGGGAGAUAUGAUUCGGCCAAGGAGACGAGGUUUACGUUGCUGGCUAUUCAGAGGAGAUGGAAUGACCUUUAUGGUAAGAAUACGGGUCAGAAGAGAGGGCCUAGUACGAGAAACCAAACAGCCCAAGGCAAGAGGGCCAGAGCUACUUCAUCGUAG